CUGUCGGCGGUUAAACCGUCAACUCGGAUAACAGUCUCCCGACAAUAUUAUCUCGUACCGACGCACUUACUUCGCGGGCUUAGCGAAACGGUUUGUUGCCGAGUUGCCAAUCAAAUUGUCCGCGAAAAAUACUAGAUAAGCAAUGUUUUCGAACGUUAUUAUUGUUCGUUUGUCCGCGUUGAAGUGCCCGGACGUUCAACAAGCGGCUGGUAUUCGAAUGGAUUAGAUAAAGAUUUUGUAAAACAAUGUUGUAGCGCUGUUAAUGCGUUAUUAUAAAAAAACUGUUAUCUGGUUUCAUUGGAUGUAAUUGGAGAUAAUAAUUACGUAAUUCGUAAUAAUAAUUGCCGUUGAUUAAAAUUUAAGUGGUUUUUUUUUUUUUUUUAAUUAUUAUUAAAAAUCUAUUGUUCAGUUUUUAUUGUAUUAUUUGUGUUGAACUCGGUUUUGAGAUAUCUGUGGACCGGAGAUCAGAAAAUGGGCGAUUCAAAAAUUUUAAAGUGAGUACCUCUACCAAAAAUUAAAAGGAUUAUUUAAACAAUAAUUACUGUCUGACAAACUACUUGUUCGUUUUAGACCAGGGACCAUUGUAGGGUUUUGUAACCCACUAUUGGACAUGACUGUUGUUGGAGAUCAAUCUUUGUUAGAUAAAUAUGAUCUUAAGGGCAAUAAUGCAAUUUUAGCCGACGAAAAACACAUGCCUCUCUAUGGGGAAUUAUUGAAUAAUGAAAAAAUAGAAUUCACCGCCGGUGGUUCAGCUCAAAAUUCUCUGAGGGUUGCUCAGGUAUUUUAUAUCAAUUCAAACUGAAAAUAUAUUGUACUUAAAUUGUUUUUUAAACAUAUAUUUUCAGUGGGUUAUUAAAGAACCUAAUGUAGCAGUUUUUUUUGGUGCUGUUGGUCAAGAUAAAUACAGUGAAAUAUUGAAACUUAAGGCUAACCAAGAAGGAGUAGACGUAAAAUAUCAAUAUUCAGCAGAAAAACCUACCGGUAACAAAAUUAAUGUUUUUUUUUUUUUUUUAACUAAUUUCGUACAAAAUUUAUGAUCGCAUAAUUAUAAAUAUUCUAAACAAUACACAAACACUAUUUUUAUUUAGGAACUUGUGCUGUUAUUGUAACAAAUAAUGGCAAAGAUCGAUCAUUAUGUGCCAAUUUAUCAGCUGCCCAGACAUUUACUGAAGAUCAUUUAGAUGUCCCGGAAAAUAAGGCUAUAAUUGAAAAUGCCGAGUUUUAUUUAGUUACUGUAAGUUCUAAAAUUUGACCUAAGUUAUUCCGUUUACAAUUAAUAUGUUGAAUACGUAUAUCUGACCGUUUUAAUAUUAUUAUUUUAUGACUUGAAAAAAAAUCUUAUUUAUAAUGAGUAAGUAUGCUCGUUAACAUUCUUAAAUAAUUUGUACAUAUAUUGUGUGUAGGUUAUUUAAAAUUUUUAAUACUUAAGUUAGGAACUAAAAUAUUGAGAUAACUUAGACCAAUUGAUAUAUUAUAAUAUAUUAUUAUAUUAAUACAAUUUUCAUUGAAUUUUACAUUUAUUUUAUAAGAAUAUUAUUGCAUUUAUUAUCUUUAAUUUUUAAUCCAAUCCAAAUUUAAACUAGGAUUUUAAUCUUCACUAGUUAAACUGAUCAGUUCUUUAAUAUGGACUUCUUUAAAAAUUAAAAAAUGCAUGGUAAUUAUGGUCGUGUGCAUAAAACCAAUUAUUUUUUAUUCCAUUUACAUAUUAUGCUUUUAACACUAAAUUAAAUAAUUCAAAUUUAAACUUGAUAAAAUUUUAUGAAAAGUAACAAUGAAUUUUAUUUCUAUAGUUUUUAGUGAAAUAAUAUAAUUUAUAUUUUUAAGGGUUUUUUCUUACAAGUCAAUGCAAAAGCUGUUCAAAAAUUGGCCAAGAUAGCUUUCGAACGAAAACGUCCAUUUUUGUAUAAUAUGAGUGCUCCAUUUAUUUAUCAAUUUUACAUGGAUUCUGUUAUGUCAAUUUUCCCUUACAUUAGUAUUAUAGUUGGAAAUGAUGAAGUUAGUUCAAUUCAAUUUUAAUUGUGUUUAACAAUAUUAUUCAUUAGACAUUUGUAUUCAAUUUUAGGAAGCUAAAGCUUUUGCAGAGGGACAUAAAUGGAAUUUAGAUAAUAUUGAAGAAAUCGCUAGUAAAAUAAGUAAUUUUCAAGUUGAACAAAUUGGACAUCGUUUAGUUAUAAUAACUCAAGGCGAAAAACCAGUUAUUGUUACUAAAGGUAAUUAUUUUUAUUAGAAUACUGAAGUAAUUAAAUUUUAACGUGUUGACUGUAUAUGUCUUUUCAGUUCUCACCGCAGUGCAUACAUAUCUUCUUAAUCCUAUUCCUUUUAAUCACGCUAAAUAAUAAUCAAAUAUCAUGCAGUCUAUACUAAACUAUUUCAAAUGUAUAUUGGACGCUGACUUGGCGUCAAAUAAGUAGCUUAACAGUCCUUAUGACGCCAAUUGCUGUCGGUACAAAGUUAACGUGUUAAUAACAAGAAAUGUAUUUAAUUUUAAUAUAUAACAAUUAAAAAGCUAUCAAAAAAAAUAUAAAAUACUAUAGUAUUUUAUAGAAUGGUGAAUAUCAAAUAUGCAUUUGUUUAAAUAUUUAUACAAUUAUUAUCUAUACUAAUAUCAGAUUAGAUAAAUACUAAUUAACUAUAAACUAAAAUUGAAUAUUUAAUAUUUGUUCAAAACAAACAUACAAUUAUAAAUACUUUAAUAAUAUAACAUAUUAUAAUUAAUUAUAAAUAUUGUGAGAUUUAAAAUAAUAAUGAAAAGCUACGAGUAUUAUUAAUUCAAAUUGCAUUAUAACAUUAGAAAUUUAUUUUGAUUUUAUCACUUAAAGACUCCUUUUAAUAUUUUUUUUAUAAAAAUGUUCUUUUUUUGAAAUGCCUAAUUUUUCUUAGACAAAAAAUUUGUGUAGUAGGAUACGAAUGCUUAGGUGAAUGAGUGAAAUGACUGAUGUGUGGCUUUGAUAGUAAAAGUAAUUCGAGAAAAUAGCCUGAUGGUUUGGGGAUGUCAUAAGGAGAGAGGAAUCUGAAGAAAUAAGAAUUUUAAUGAAAAUAAAUGUAGGGGGAAAGCGGUAGAGAGAAAGACCGAAAAAAAAGUGGCUGGAUACAAUUGAGAAUGAUAUAAGGAUGGCAAAUGUAUAUGAGAUCGGUCUGAGGCAUUGGGUCAAGUGAUAGCUUAAGCCGAGAGUGACUGAUCCUAAAUAGUUGGGAUAAAAUAUGAAGGAUAUGAAGAAAUAUCUAAUUCUUAAAAAAUUACAAUAUACAGGGUGAUUUUUUUUUAUCAUGAAACAACAAUUAUCUCAGAGGAUUUUAAGUGAAUUUGAUUUCUUUUUUUUUCUAAUCAUUAUAGAAUCGUUUAAGCUUUAUUUCAAAACCAUUUUUAAUUUUUUACCCCUACUUCAUGUACCUUAAAUAAGUACAUACUUUUGAUUUUCAAAUAGAAACCCCCCUCUUUAAACACAGAUUUGAAUGAAAAUAUUUUUCUAGAAAUGUUGAUAUACAUAAUACUAAUAUCAGAUUUACCGUUAUGAAUUAUAAAAGUUUAAAGCUUAGACCCUCCGGUAGAGUACUCCUCCGAGUAGGGAAAUAAAAUAUGAAGUAUUACUAUUAUCAAAUUUCAAAAUGUUUUUUUUUUAUAUAAAAUGACUAUUACAGUUUCAAUAUUAUUAAAUAGAUGUAACUAAGGAUUAAAGUACUGUCCAAAAUGAUUAAACAUAUUUCAAAUAAAAUAGUAUGAAGCUAAUUAUUUUGGAUAAUAACACUACCAAUAUCAAUAUAAUUAAUACACAUAAAAAUCCAAUUUUAAAUAUGCUCAAUUUAAGUAAUAUAUCACUACAAUUUAUUUAAAUUUCAACAAUCAAAAUUUAAGUACCAAAAUAACCAUUUAAUUAGUUGAUAAAAUAACACAAAUUUGCUACUGCAAUUUCUAGUUUGCCACAAAACACAAGUAUCAAUUAUUGGAAAAAUAAUAUGUUUAUUGGCCAAAUAUUAGAUAUAUUUUGUAUUUAAAAUUAAUUAGAAUAUGUUUGACAAUAUAAUCAAUAUUGAUUUUUUUUUAGAUGGAAUUGUGACAAAAUAUCCAGUGGUCUCUAUUCCAACAAGUGAUAUUGUAGAUUCAAAUGGUGCUGGUGAUGCAUUCAUUGGCGGUAAGAUUAUUUUUAAAAAUUGAAUAUAUUUUUUUUAAUUUCGGCUUUUUUUAUUUAGGUUUUGUCAGUAAAUAUGUUUUAGGAUAUUCUACUGAAGACUGUGUAAAAGCUGGAAUUAAAGCUGGGUCUUAUAUUAUACAACAACCAGGGAUGUCUAAAGGCAAUUCAUUUAAUCUUGAUGAAUAAAUGUUAUUGUGUUAAUAAAUAUAUAUAUAUAUGUUAUUACAACUCUUAUUUAUUUAAAGUUAUUUGUAUAUGGACCAAGGUUGUUAGUUGCAAUGAUUAAAAAGUAAAACAAUAUAUAGUAAAUUCCACUUCAUGGGAACAAAUUGCCAUAAUCUCGAACAAAUGUAUUAGUUUUAGGCAAUUUAACUUCGUUUAUUGGGGACACACCAUUGGUUAUAAGGGACAUGUAUGUACAUUUUA